UCCACAAAAACCGAGGCUCCAUACCCUAUCAAGAUGUCCAAGUCUUUGCAGAACAUAAUAAAUGAUCGGGAAUCAUUUCGGCAACGCAUUCACGAGGAAUUCGAGCAGAUCAAGCUCAAUCGUCGAAAAGCCGAAAGGACUAAGGAAAACCUCAAGCAAGAGCUCCUCAACCAGGAGACACUUCGGUGGUAUCAUUUCAAAAAUAAGAUUGAAAAUCAGCGGGAAAUUGCACGCAAGCGGUAUGGCAACAUUCCACUAGACAUGGUCUGCUUUCUCAAACCGAAGGACGAGUACGAGCGUCAGGUGGAGAGAGCCAAGGAGGAGGCCGAGCUGGCAUUGGAGGAGCACCGUCUCUACAUGGCUGCGGCUGACCCAGCUCCAGAUAAAUAUGCAGCGAUUUCCCUUGAAAGUCCAGCAACAUCUCAAAAUAGCGAGAUGCAGAGAGAAGCGAGCCAAGAUCAGUUAUUUGUGGCCGGUUCCCGUGCAGAUUUGGUCAAACCUCAAGCCUCAAAUCAGCAUCUUAAAAAGUCUAAGAAGUAAUAUCCAUCCGUCUCCCAAUCAGCUGAAAAAUUUACCUGAUGUAAAAUAUUAUUAAUAAGAUUUGCAGUUCGAUAAUU